AAGAAGAAGAAGAAGAAGAAAAAAGAAAAAAAACCUGAUGGAGGGUAAAAGAUGUCCGCGUCUCCUGCCACCCACCCGAAAUCGAUUGCGUUACAUCCAGAAAUCUCUCCACUUUGACGUAUAAAACGGGACGCAUGGUGUGGAAGAGCCGACUGUGUUCUCCAGAGUCGGACAGGAAUAUACACACACACACACACACACACACCUCUCAUACACACACAUACACACACACCACCGGCCGCUACCAAGAAGUCCGGUGCAUGGACAGCAGCGAGGCGACGCAUGCAGACAAGCAAACUCUGCUGGACCUGCUGCUGCGCAUGAUCAAGGACGGCGAGCGGGAAAAGCUCAACACGCGGGAAAAAUCCGCCCACAGCAGGCCCAUAGAAAUCGUCCUGAGAGACGUCAGCAUUAAAGACAGGAUUAUAAAACACUUCACAGCAGGACCAGUCAAGUUCCCGUCAGAGUGCAGGAUGCAUUUUCAUCGGAUUUACCACAACACGCGGGAGUGUGCCAGACCAGCGUUCUAUAAAAGAUGCGCGAGGUUGCUGGUGAGGCUAGCGAUGAGCCCGAUGUGCGCUCAGCCGUAGCAGACGCGAGAGAAAAAUCCUGACGUUACAGAAGAUGGAGCUCUGAGGAAUUUGGGGCAAAUUUAUUUUCCGAGGAAGUGCCUUCCAGUCACACCAGUUAGAGCUAGAAAUCAAAAUAUAUUCCUGAAAUACUGUAACAGUUUAUUUUUUCAAUCAUUAAAUCAUUCGCGUCCAUAUUAAAAAUCCUUCAAAAUAUAGUUUGCUUUGAAUUGUAUGUAUUAUUUAUCACGGCCGUUUAUUUAUUUAAAUGAUGUGUAAAUAUUCAGUCCUGAUAAUCAGAUAAUAUAUUUAAAAUAUCUGUUUGUUUUCUUGAAAUAUAUUGUUUUGUGUCCCAUAGAUGGUUUUAUAGAUAUUUCUAUAUGCUUCAUUUCAUCCUGGCGUUUGAUUCUGUGUUUUGUGAAUAUGAACAUUGCCUCUUUUUUGUCCAAGUCGCUUUCGAUGCUGUGGUUGUGGUGAUGUUUACUGUGGCACAUAUAAAAAUCAGUUCAAACACUUUAAAGAGAGAAAAGUUGAUAAUGGAAAGAAUUGCACUGAUGUUUUGAAAAAAUAAAAAAAGAUUCAAGCA